GCGUUUCUGUUGCCGGCAAAACGUGAAUUUAUGAGCUCCUUAGUUUGAUAAAUAAAAACACAAUGUCGCAGGCCCAAACAAAUAGUGACACACGUGUGCCUGAUGAGGAGAGCGACCUGCUGCAAAUUAAGCCACUCGGAGCUGGUCAGGAAGUGGGGCGCUCCUGCAUCAUGCUGGAGUUCAAGGGCAAAAAGAUAAUGCUGGACUGUGGCAUACAUCCAGGUCUGUCCGGCAUGGAUGCGCUGCCCUAUGUGGACUUGAUAGAAGCUGACGAAAUUGAUUUGCUGUUUAUAUCACAUUUCCACUUGGAUCACUGCGGCGCUCUGCCCUGGUUCCUCAUGAAGACCAGCUUUCGUGGACGCUGCUUUAUGACACACGCCACCAAAGCUAUUUACCGAUGGAUGCUCUCAGAUUACAUUAAAAUCAGCAAUAUAUCCACAGAGCAAAUGCUCUAUACGGAAGCUGAUCUGGAGGCUUCCAUGGAGAAAAUCGAGACAAUCAAUUUUCACGAGGAGCGCGAUGUCAUGGGCGUGCGCUUUUGCGCUUAUAACGCUGGUCAUGUGCUCGGCGCAGCUAUGUUUAUGAUUGAAAUCGCAGGCAUUAAAAUUCUGUAUACGGGCGACUUUUCACGACAGGAGGAUCGUCAUUUGAUGGCCGCCGAGGUGCCGCCCAAGAAACCUGAUGUGCUGAUUACCGAAUCUACCUACGGCACACACAUACACGAAAAGCGCGAAGAUCGUGAGAGUCGCUUCACAUCGCUGGUGCAGAAAAUUGUGAUGCAGGGCGGCCGCUGCCUCAUUCCGGUGUUUGCCUUGGGUCGAGCUCAGGAGCUGCUGUUGAUAUUGGAUGAGUUCUGGUCACAGAAUCCCGAUUUGCACGAGAUACCCAUCUACUAUGCCUCCUCGCUGGCCAAAAAGUGCAUGGCCGUCUACCAGACAUAUAUCAAUGCCAUGAACGAUCGCAUACGUCGCCAGAUUGCCGUGAACAAUCCAUUUGUCUUUCGUCACAUUUCCAACCUGAAGGGCAUCGAUCACUUUGAUGAUAUUGGACCUUGUGUGAUCAUGGCCUCGCCGGGUAUGAUGCAGUCGGGCCUUUCGCGCGAGCUCUUCGAGAGCUGGUGCACAGAUCCCAAGAAUGGCGUCAUUAUAGCCGGUUACUGUGUGGAGGGCACACUGGCCAAGACCAUAUUGUCCGAGCCGGAGGAGAUAACAACGCUUUCUGGCCAAAAACUGCCGCUAAACAUGUCCGUUGACUACAUAUCUUUCUCGGCGCACACAGAUUACCAACAGACUAGCGAAUUUAUACGCAUGUUGCGACCCAAUCACGUGGUGCUCGUCCAUGGCGAACAAAAUGAAAUGUCUCGCCUGAAGCUGGCGCUGCAGCGUGAGUAUGAAGCAGACGCCAGUACGGACAUAAAAUUCUAUAAUCCCCGCAAUACGCACGCCGUCGAUCUCUAUUUCCGUGGUGAGAAAACGGCCAAGGUGAUGGGCCAUCUGGCGGCUAAGAAACCGGAGGUGGGCAGCAAACUCUCUGGCGUGCUGGUCAAGCGCGAUUUCAAGUACCAUUUGCUGGCACCCUCCGAUCUUGGCAAGUACACGGACAUGAGCAUGUCUGUGGUCACGCAGCGUCAAUCGAUUCCCUGGACUAGUUCCCUGGCCACACUUCAACUCCUGCUGGAUCGUAUUGGAGCUGGUUGCGUAGAGGUUGUCGAGCCGGAGCGCAAGCUGCGCGUUUUCAAUUGCGUCGAACUGACUGUGGAGCAGAAAAUCAUUGUCAUGGAAUGGCAUGCAACGCAUGUGAACGAUGUCUAUGCGGAUGCAGUGCUAGCCUGCCUCAUGCAGUCCGAGCUGGGCGGCACAAAUAUCAAGGGUGCCACCAAGCAAACCAAAUCAGAGGAAUCUCGUUUCCGCGAAUGCCUCAUUGAGACGCUGCAGGACACCUUCGGCGACAGCUGUGUGCCCAAGAUGUUCAAGGGUGAUCUGCUGCCGGUAAUAGUCAGUGGCAAGCAUGCUGAAAUUAAUCUUGAUACAUUGACGGUGCAAUGUGCCGAGGAUGAGGUGCUGAGGCAAAUGCUAAAUACCACCGUGCAAAAGCUACACCAAACACUGGUGUCUGCUUAUUGAUGUUGCGAACUCAACCCAAUUUCAAGCUGCAUUUGAAUCCUCUUUAUUAAUCUUUAAUUAUAAGUUUCCAAUUCAAAUAUUA